AUGCCGAUCCAACAGCCCGCAAACCAGAUCAAACUGACCAACGUCUCCCUGGUGCGCUACAAGAAGGGCAAGAAGCGCUUUGAACUCGCGUGCUACAAGAACAAGCUGCUGGAAUACCGCUCCGGCACCGAGACCGACCUCGACAAUGUCCUGCAAGUGCCCACCAUCUUCCUGAACGCUUCCAAGGGCGAAACAGCCCCUAACGCCGAGCUCAUCAAGGCGUGGCCCAUAACAUCACAAAAGGAAGACAAAGAGUCGUCCCACGGAGCCAAGGGCAGCAAGGGAGGAAAGAAGAACAAAGGCAAGGCCGCCAAUGACGAAGGGGACGACGAGAAGUCCUGGAAGGAUGCCAUCAUCGAGGAGAUCCUCAAAAAGGGCGAGAUCCAAGUGAAUGCCAAUGAACGCAAAGAAUUACUCGACAGAAUGGAGAAAGAAAUCGUGGAAGAAGUCGCGCAACGGCUUGUCGAUCCCCAGACGAAGAGGGUCUACACCACAGGGAUGAUCAAGAAAGGUUUGGACCUUCUCUCGAAGCAAGGCGGCCAUACUCCUGCACAAGAUUCCCUCGGUCAUAAACUCGGCAAAUUGAACCUUGGCGAGGGUGCGAGGAAAGGUGCUGCGGGUCCGAAGGGAUCGAGCGAGGCCAGUGGGCGCGCAACGCCAAUGACAGACGAGGAUAACGAGUCCGAAACUGGCACGCCCCGGGGCAAAAAGAGCGACAUGCCGACGUGGACCGGUGUCGUGACAACCAAAUCAGUCAAGCAACAGGCCCUGGAAGCCAUUCGCGCGUUGAUCGCAUGGCAGCCCAUCCCCGUGAUGCGAGCACGCAUGAGACUACGCAUCACUUGUCCGACAAACAUCGCGAAGCAGCCUGCAAAAUCGAAGACCCCCAGCACAGAGGGUGAAGACGCCGACGCUGGAGCAGCCAAGGGCGCGAUCAAGGACCGCAUCCUGUCUUUUGUGGAGCAAGUCGAGAGCCAGGAGGUGCAAGGGGAAGAAUGGGAGGUCAUUGGUUUCGUCGAGCCCGGCGCGUUCAAGUCUCUGGGCGAGUUCAUUGCAGCUGAAAUGAAAGGAAGAGGGAGGCUCGAGGUGCUUGAUAUGGCUGUCACCCAUACGGACGACUGA